CCUUACUACAACCAAUCAUCACUCUUCUAUAUUUAGCCCAUUACUUUUUCAGUUUCACUUCAUCCCAAAAUUCUUCUUCCUCUUUCUCCCUCUCCCUUUUCACUUCAAUCUCGUCAUUCCAAAAGGAAAAUAGAAAAAUGAGACCAAAGAUUUAUCUGUUUGGAGAUUCCAUCACUGAAAUGUCCUUUGAACACGGUGGCUGGGGUGCUUCUCUUGUCAACCACUUCAAUCGCACCGUGGAUGUGGUGUUAAGAGGGUAUAGUGGGUAUAACACAAGAUGGGGAUUGAAGGUGUUGGAUAAAGUGUUUGCAGGGAGUUCGGAAUCGGAAUCGGUAUUGGCUGUGACGGUAUUCUUCGGUGCUAACGAUGCAAGUGUUGAAGAUAGAUGCUCUGCUUUUCAACACGUACCUAUUGAGGAGUACAAGCAAAAUCUUCAUUCCAUUGUCUCCUUCCUCAAGGGGAGAUGGCCGACAACCGAAGUUAUCCUCAUCUCACCUCCUCCAAUUGAUGAACCUACAAGACUCCUAUGUCCUUUUACAGAGAACAAAUCGGGACUGCCAGAGAGGACCAAUGAAGCUGCUGGAAACUAUGCUAAAGCAUGUCUAGCUGUUGCUGCUGAAUGUGGGGUCUCCGCUAUCGAUCUGUGGACCAGAAUGCAGCAAAUUCCUGGCUGGCAAACUGCUUGUUUAAGGUUUACAAACUUCAGUAAAUCAUGAAUGGUUAUCUGUAAUUAUCUUUUAGCUGACCACGGAUAUUGAAAAUUUUCGUCUACGCUGGCCCCCUACAGAUGUUAGAUUCAUUUCUAAGUAGUUUCAUUAUCCAUUUUUUGACGUUGCAGCGACGGUUUGCACCUGACGCAAACUGGCAACAAAAUUGUGUUUGAGGAGGUCGUGGAGGCUCUUAAAAAGAAAGGGUUUAGUUUGGAAACACUACCAGUUGAUCUCCCAGUGAUUUUUGAUAUAGAUCCAAAUGAUCCCCUCAAGUCUUUCCAAGGAAUAUGAAGUGAAAUAUAUCCAAAAUGAUCCCCCUCAAGCCCCUCCCCUCUUAAUUCCCCUUUUGCUUAGUCAGUAAUAUAUUUUGGAAUUGCUUUUAUCCCAAUUUGAGAUCAAGAUACAGAUUGUGUAUUGUUUAUUGAUUUGAAAGUAUGGAUGUUCAAGUAAUUUCUGGUAGUAUGUCCUAGCUCAAUGGAACAUGUAUUUUCUCAUAUAUUGGUAGAAGUUGAUUUACUUGUGGAA